CUUUGGGGUGGCCUCUCUUUGCAGAUCUCAUCGUGCAGGCCAAGUCUGGCACCGGCAAGACCUGCGUGUUCGCCACCAUCGCCCUGGACGCCGUGCUGCUGGAGAGCCCCGCCACGCAGAUCCUGAUCCUGGCUCCCACGAGGGAGAUCGCAGUGCAGAUCCACGCCGUGAUCACAACGAUUGGGAUAAAAAUGGAAGGCUUGGAGUGCCAUGUGUUCAUUGGAGGGACUCCUCUGGGCCAGGACAGAAGCAGGCUGAAGAAGUGUCACAUAGCUGUGGGCUCCCCAGGACGGAUCAAGCAGCUGAUAGAGCUGGACUACCUGAGCACAGCCAGCAUCCGGCUCUUCGUGCUGGACGAGGCAGACAAGCUGCUGGAGGAGGGCAGCUUCCAGGAGCAGAUCAACUGGAUCUACUCCUCCCUGCCCAUCAAUAAGCAGAUGUUGGCAGUUUCAGCCACCUACCCCGAGUCCUUGGCUGCUGCUCUCACCAGGUACAUGAGGGAACCCACGUUUGUGAGGCUGAACCCCACGGAUCCAGGCCUCCUUGGGCUGAAGCAGUACUACAAAAUUGUGAAUUCCCAUCCCCUCCCACAUAAAACCUUUGAGGAAAAAACCCAGCACCUGCAGGAGUUGUUUGGCAAGAUUCCUUUCAACCAGGCCUUAGUCUUCUCAAAUUUGCACAGCAGGGCUCAACACCUGGCUGAAAUACUGACGUCCAGAGGCUUCCCUGCCGAGUGCAUUGCAGGCAACAUGAAUCAAAAUCAGCGACUUGAUGCCAUGGCCAAAUUAAAGCAAUUCCACUGCAGAGUUCUGAUUUCCACAGACUUGACAUCCCGUGGAAUUGAUGCUGAGAAGGUGAACCUGGUCAUCAACCUGGACGUGCCCCUGGACUGGGAGACCUACAUGCACCGCAUCGGCCGCGCCGGGCGCUUCGGUACCUUGGGUCUGGCUGUCACCUACUGCUGCCGUGGCGAGGAGGAGAACACCAUGAUGAAAAUCGCUCAGAAGUGCAACCUGCAGCUCCUUCCUCUGCCAGAGCCAAUCCCUCCCGGAAUGAUGCAGCAGUUUGAAGAUGGGGAGGUAGAAGUCAAACCUGCAAUACCUACAGGUCCUGUGGGGAAUUGUGACGCUGUGUGUCCUAAACCAGAGCAACCAGUGCUGCAGCCUGUCCAGAAUGGCUUUUCAGCCAUACCUCAGCCUCCCUCUCAUCUGCCAAGGGAUAAUUCUUCUGUGGAAAGGCCAAAAAAGACUCCGAAGCAAAAACAGAUAAAAAAGAGCACAAAUCCUGCAAAUGUAGAGAAAAACAGUAGAGUCCCUAAAACUUCCAGCAGUCACACAGAACAGAGGAAUCGAGUCAAACCCAUCUCCAGGAAGGAUGGGCAGCACAGUGCUCAGGCUCCAGAUGAGGAGGCCUUAAAAAAAAAUCUUCCCAAAAUUCCAUGCUUGUCUUCUUUCAAAAACCACCUCACCACUCCCUGGAGCUUCUCAGAUUUUGUUGAGGACUAUGAUUAUUUCAUUAAAGAAGGGUCAGAGAGAGAAGUGGAGAUUUUAAGUUUCUCAGGCCCAGAAGAGCAACGUGAGCUGCCCAGAAAUGGGGACGUGGAGUGGGAAGAGAUGGAACAUCACCCAGAGGCAGCAGCAGUCGGGGAUGAGUCUGCUGACAGUGAUGGCUCAGCCAGCUCCAGGGAUUCCUUUAAUAGCAGGGCCAACAACUCGUGCUUUGAGGCGUUUUCAGACAGCCAGGACCCAAAUGCUGUGUCCCCAGCUCAGCAGGGCCCUGCAGGUGUCUGUCCUACACCAGAGCGGCCUCGGGAGCAAUCCCACGUCCCAAGGCAAAAUGAAGUGAGGAAGAAAGUCCUGAGACAAAAUGCUAAACACAAGAAAAGCCACAAGCACGGGUUCUGCAGUCCUGCCAGGAGCAGAAGUGAGGAGGAGCAGAGCUGCAGCCCCUGGGAUGAUGCUCAGGCCGAGGGCUGGAGUUACGAGCACUACUGGAAGUGCUACUGCGACGCCUGGCAGAGCUACUACACAGCACUGGCUCACUACAGCAGGAGCUACUGGCAGUUCAGCUCCAUCAGUGCCUACCACAUCAACUCAGUCUAUCUCCAGGAGCUGCUGAGAGAUGGGGACUGAUGUCCUGAUGGGACCAGGACUGGACAGGGUCUGUGACAGCAGUGCUGCUCUAAAGGACGCUGACAAGAGACAGACGUUGUUUGGAUGAAGAAAAAUGGUGUCUUUUUAUAAACAUCUGUGUCUGGUGAAUGUUCUACACAGGUCCAGUGAAGCUGUUACAAUUUGUUAAUAAAAGGAAAAGAAAGGCAGCUGGAUGCUCAGCUGGAAUCUUUCCAAUCCACAGUAAAAAA